AUGCAUUCAACCCAACGGACGCCUCUCAAAGGUAACCGUGCAAGGCAACUCACGUCUAGGGAAGAUACAUUGAAUAUUUCUCCUAUUCUCAACGAUUCUUCAUAUUUUAAAACGUUCAAUGAUACUAGCUUAAGACAAAUACUUGAUGAGUCAACAGUUAUUACAAGUUCAGGAAAUGGUUUAAGCGAAAUAUUUUUUGAAAUAAUACAGUCGAGUCGUCCCAGCGAUGCUUUAGACACCUUAGCAAGGUUAGCUCAAGCCUGUUGCGACUCCCUCGAGCUAGUUGAACCCUGGAACCGCUAUAAUAUAAACAAUUACUGGCUAGCUGAAGAAGCAAACACAUGGAAGCUUCUCCAUUGUCUCUAUGCUGACUCCUUGUCAGAGAACCGAGAAUCAUUUGAGUGUUUAAUAACUAAGCCGACACUGUCCCAACAAACCUUAGUCAACGCUUUAUUUCAAAGUGAUUCUGAAUUAAGAUUGCUUCAGUUGUUGGUAGACUGGCUAGAAGCUGCAGCAGCUUAUCAAGAUCAAAGUACACGGACUGCUGUUCCUGUAAUAUCAAACCACCUUCACUGGGGUAACACACUUCAUCAAUUACUUUUGGGAACCAGUUUGUUUAAUAAGGAAAGAAAUAAAGCUAUGGUCACAAGAAUUGAUCCAGAUGCACCUAAGCGUCAAAACAAAACAUUGCAUACAGAUGAUUUAAAAGAUGACAGUGAUUUGUGUAAAAUGGUCUUCACUGAAAUAAGAUGUGGGAAGUUUAAAGAAGCAAUAUCACUUUGUAUUAGUGCAGGUCAGGCGUGGCGCGGGGCUGUAUUACAAGGAUGGCAGUUGCUUCAUUAUUUACCAAAAGAAGAAUCUGCAACUGUGGAAUUAAAUGGAAAUAAGGCUAGAGAUUUAUGGAAAUGGUGUGCACUUGGCAUUGCCACUAAUAAUUCAGAAAAUAUUCAUUAUAGAGCCGCCCUUGGAGUAUUAUGUGGCCAUUUACAAAGUGCUCUUCCUGCUUGUCAAGGCAAUUGGGAAGAUUUAUUGUGGGCUCAUUUGAGGGUGCAAAUAGAAGCUAGAGUGGACAGAUUCUUACAUGAACAUUAUGCCACAGCUGAAGCAAAUACAACAACUCCUGAUGUUCUAGAAUUGCUUCAGUCUGAUUUAUGUACAACUGAAAUAUCCUUGCAACAAACUUUUAAUGCAGUCAAGUCCUUAUUAGAAGGUAAAAAAGAAUCAAACUACCAAACUUGUCAGCGAUAUUUAAUGUUAGGACAUAUAAGAUCUAUCAUGCAAGAAUCAUUGCAGUGGCUGCACAGUGCUGAAGAUAAAUUUGUAAGAUUCCUUGCUCAUCUAGUUUUAAUUUUACGCCAAAUGGGUAAAGAUCCACAACAUGAUAUAGGAGACUUAAUUCUCGAGAAGUUUGUCUCACAAUUGAUUGAUAAUCUUGUAGAAGGGUCAUGUGACUGUCCAGAGCUAAUUGCCUUUUAUACUUCUACAGUGCCAAAAGAAAAGCAAAUAACACUUUAUGCCGAAUUAAUGGACAGGAUUCAUAAAAGUGACUACAGACAAGCAACUGUCAAAGCUGGGGUAACUGCUGCAAUUGAUGUAGCAGCAUCGGCAAGAUUGGCUAUCAAAAAAUCAAUAUCUGAUAUUCAACAAGGCUAUGGAAAUAUUGAUGCAACCUUUUCACAAACAACUCUUGUUGAAAAAGAUAAAACUCUAGUAAAUAAAGUUAUUUUAUCACUAGAAUGGUUAGCAUUAUUACCAAAUCAACUAUCAGAGGCUUUAUGGUUGAGCAAUGCAAUGAUUCGGACAUUUAUAUUUAUUGGUAAUACAGAAGCAGCCAUAAGUUGUAUAUCUAAUGUUAAAAAUAUGUUCCCAGACCUAGUGAAAAAACUCCCACCCACCUCUUCAGAAUUACGAGAGCAUCUUUGUUUAAGAGCCUAUUUAGAGGCAAUUGAGGGUUUUGCUACAUGGUACAGGCAUUAUAUUAGCGGCCAGCCUAAAGAUGUUGAGCCUCUGCCCUCAGAUGCUACUUUCUCCGAUAAGGUCCACCAUGAACAGAAAGUUGCUCAAGUUGAACAACAAAAAGCGAGAUGGAAAAAUACUGUCUUACAUCAGUCGCGUCAUACGAAAUCAUUAUUAUAUAACGCAUUGCUGUUCCCUGGAGGCUGGCUGCAAGAUGAAAAUGACAGUGUGUCUUCACCAAAUUUUACACAAGAAGAAAAAGAGGAAAGAUUAAAACAGUUAGAUACUUUGAGAAGAUUGUGUAUUCCUGAGAUUGUUACAUUAAUUAUAAAAAUUUUGCAAAGUAAUGAUGAUGUUGGUAAUCACAAAGAAGCACUAAAAAUGUGUGAUUUAAUUGCAGGUGAAAAUCGAUGUUUGUACAAAGUUUUUACUAAGAAUAAACUUCAAGAAUUAUUGGAAAGAAUAAAACAAUCUAGUUUAAUUUUGUUAGAAAAAGGAAGAGAUAUGUUUGGUUAUGAAGUGAAUGAGUAA